CACACGGGCUGCCCGUGAUCUUUGCUCACUCCACGCUUCAUAAUGUCCGGAAUAUUUCUGUUGAAUUUUAAACCGUAAUCGUGCCAAUGAAUAUAAUAUUCAGAGUGUAAUUUUGCAUUUAUUUAUUUCUGGAAGGAGUCAUGUGGGUGUUCGGCUACGGCUCGCUCAUUUGGAAGGUGGACUUUCCCUACGAGGAGAAGCGAAUUGGUUACAUUAGGGGCUUUAGUCGUCGCUUCUGGCAGGGCAGCACCGACCACCGCGGAGUGCCGGGGAAACCCGGCCGGGUGGUGACACUAAUUGAUGACCCUGAGGGCUGCGUUUGGGGCGUGGCCUACAAGCUCCCCACAGGCCGCGAGCAGGAAGUGAAGCGUCAACUGGACCACCGCGAAAAGGGCGGCUACGGCGUGAUGACCGUGGCCUUCCACCCGCGGCCCCCGUUGGCGCCGCCGCCCAGCCAGACCCUGCUCUACAUCGGCUCGCGAGACAACCCCGACUAUCUGGGCCCCGCGCCUUUAGAGGAGAUAGCCAAUCAGAUUGUGUGCUCCACGGGGCCCAGCGGGCAGAACACAGAGUAUCUGUUCGAGCUGGCCGACGCCGUCAGAAACAUCCUACCCGAGGACAACGACGUGCACUUGUUUCACCUGGAGACGCUUGUACGUCAGAGACUCGAGGAUGACAGCUCACCUAAAUCAUCAUUCUAAUAAAUAAAAGUUUGUUUUUUGCUA